AUGAGGCCAUCACAACACACAGUCGGAUCGCUCAGAGCAGCACUACGAAGCCAUGCCUCAGCUCGAUCGUUGAUCGUGGCCGCUCCAAUAUCCGCAUCAGCACAAAGAGUUGCGUGUUGUCGUUCGCAACCCAACCAACAGCACUUCUCGUCCACUCCCCACACGCUCCGCGCUCCGGCAUCCUCCUCUCCUUCCUCUUCCUCUACAACUCCUUCCACGUCUUCUUCCACUGAAGCGCCACCCUCAAAGGGCCCAAUCCGCGAUGAAGCCAUCCUGCGCACUUCGGAAUACGUCCGCCUCGUCGACCCCAAAACUGGCUCCCUCGCAGGGCCCUUCAACACCAAGCAGAUCCUGGCCAAGCUAGACCGCUCCAAAUUCUUCCUCCAGCAAGUCGCGCCCGCGCAGGCCUCCCGUGCCACUGUCUCCUAUGAUCCCGCCUCACCCUCCCCCGUCGACCCAGCCGUGCUCGUUCAAUACGCGAUCUGCAAACUGAUCGACAAAAAAGAGGAGUUCGACCGGCUGCGCAACCUCAAACGCAAAGCCUCUGACCCGUCCACCCCCUCUUCACAAGCUGCGGCAGGCAGCUCGAGCAAGGAGGUGCAACUCACGUGGAGCGUCAGCCACAACGAUCUUGCGCACAAAUUGGGCAAGGCCAAAAAGGAAAUGCUCAAGGGCGCGCGCAUCAAUGUCGUGGUCACCACCAAGGCAGGCGGCCGGAAGUACAUCAAGGGGCUCAAUCCGAAGGAGGAUGAGAAGCGCGAGUUGAUGCUGCAGCAUAUCGAGAAGUUUUUGUGUACAGAAGCGGCGCCAGGCGAGGAAGGAGAGGACGGGGGAGAGAAGGUCGACACAAUCGCGAGGAGGUUGCAGGACGUCGAGUGGCAGAGAGGCGGCUCGGCGGCUGUCUUGUCAUUUGAGGCUUUCCGGAACAAGUCGUAG